CCCAGAGCUGCGGGCGCAUCAUUUCCUCAACAUCAUAACCCUCCCCUCCCCUCGAAUUGAAUCAUCCAUCGCGUCACGUCCACGAUGCAGGCGAACCAGCCGUCACACGGGGAUCGCACGCAGCCCACCCCGGGGAAGCCAAAGAAGGAUGUCGAGUUUGGGUAUCCAUGGCCUGAGAGCUUGCUGUCCUGGCUGGGUCUACACGCCGUGUUCUACGUUCUGGAGAACGGCUUCCAAAUCCUCCUGGCCUACGCCACCACGGUCAGGCAUGACACGGGGCAAAAACAUCUUGAGCAGGCAUGUGUGCGACUGUGAGAUCUCUGUCUGCUUGUGUGCCUGUCUGCAGGCUUCCCUGACGCCGUUGUUCCUGUGGGCAUUCGCGUCUGAGUGGGUCAACUCGAGCGUCUUCCUCUACUGGCUGGCUCUGUUCGUCCUGACAUACAUUCUGUCACUCUCCGAGUACUUCGCCGUCUCAACGAUGGUCGAUUUGCUCGCCGACAGCGACUGGAUCUUCCCCCCAUCCAUCCGAUUCAGCUCACACAAACGCGACCAGCUGCGCCGGAGGCGGGCCGACACCACUGAGACCGUCGACACAGACACCGACCACAAGGAAGCAGAGCAGCAGCAGCAGCAGCAGCAGCAUGAGGGUGUGGAUGAGCACGGAGCGAGCAGGUUCGACUACUCCCACCGGCAGUACCUGCGCAACCACCUGCUGUUCACGGCCCGGUGGGCCAUCCCGAUCGCCGUCGGCAGUGUGAUCUGGAUACCCCGAUUCCACCUCGUGCACAACCCGCCAGUGUGGAUGAUACCCCUCAAGGUGCGCUGGGUGUAUGCAUACAUGCACACCAGACCAGCUGUCUUGUGUGUGGUCUGCUGUGCUGUUUGUGUGUGGGUGCAGGUGCAGCUCUCCCUGAUCUUCGCCGACCUGGCGUAUUGGGUGGUGCACUACAGCCAGCACCGGUGGCGUUGGGUGUACAAGUGGACCGACCACACCUACCACCACACUUUCCAAUACCCAUGGGGGAGCGCCGGUCAGCCAACACACACGCACACACACACACACGAACAGCCAGAACGUCAACACAUCUGAAUGAGUUGAUGUGAUGUGUUGGUCAUGCAUCAGGCACGUGGUUGGGCACGUGGGAUCUGAUGCUUUCCGCGCUCUCCCUUGGCUCAGUCAAUGUGUUCCUGAUCGAAAUGAUGUUCGGCCGCAUCAGUCUGUUCGAGUACGUGCUCAUGAUGAACUACGUGUUCGAGAUGGUGUGCGUCGACCACUCCGGCAGCCAGCUGCCCUUCUGGUCGGGCUGCCCGUACCUGCCGCCUCUCGGGUACUUGCUGGGGUUCGACAAGUCCAUCGCACUGCACGAGGCACACCACAACUUCAACCGCUACAGCUAUGGGCUGCUCGGGGUGGGCGACUGGUUGGCCGGCACUCGCAUGUACCCCGCUGAGUACCCCGGCCCACACCCCAAGGGCAAACAGUUCUGACUGACUGCCUGGUCGGUCUGUCUGGCUGUGAAUCAGAUUUUUCCUUCGCUGGGCUGGCUGCCUUUUUCGUUGGUCGUGGAACGCCACCGUGUGGUCGUCACACGUGAAGGCGGUCAGCAGCGCCUGCCGUGUUUUUUAUGGUCCCCCCCUCUUUUUAUCUCCUUGCCAUGCCAGCUGCCUCGGUGCAUGCGCAUGGCCACAUGGUCGCAUGUGUGUGUGCUUGUUGUCGUGUGUGUGGAUGGAUUCAUGUAUGGGUGUAGUGUAUCUUCGAGAGGCCACGGACCACGCGCAACUGCGCCUCGAUGGUGUCGUGUCGUGUGUCCGUGUGUAUGUGCUGUACAUGCCCUGACUGGGUGCACAUGUUGAAUGAAUGGGGGGGGCGCGAAGACAUCGUCAGUCGAUUCAUGUGUGUAUGUUGAUGUUUUUAUCCGUGUGGUUGUGCGUGUUCUGCGUGUGGUGGGACAUGAUUGAUUGUUGGGCUGUGCGGUGCGGCUGUGUAUGUUCACGUGCCGCGCCGCGCCCAGGCAACAACAUGUCACGACCCACAGGCCCAGCCCACUGACUUGCUGAGACAAAACACGGGGUGGGUGCGGUGCAUUGAUGGGUGGGUGUGCUGCAGGGACGGACCGUACGCGUCUCAGCUGUAUUUUGUAUAGUAGAGCGUGAAUUCAGCUUACGCGGCAACUUGACUUCCCUCCAUCCAUUGGUGUCCAGCCGGCGGGCGGCGAAUGUGACCACGUGUGGUUUGUGCAUGUCAGUUUGUGUGUAUCAGUCAGUAUCUUUUUCCCUUUGCUCGUGCACUGACUGCCCCAGUGAAUGAAAGCAACGGGGAUGGCAGCGUUGAGUGUGUUGUAACGUCGGUGGCUUGUGUGGUCCCUGUCUUUGGUCGGCGGAUGAAUUGCAGCCUCGAGCACACGCACGCACGGUCGCUUCCUUGGGGAUACGUUGGUCCAUGGGUCGCGACAGUGUGAGUGUGUUCUUCUGGCGGCAGCUCCGCCAGCGAGAUGGAGUGGAGGGAUGGAAG